AUGGCUAAUAUUUUAUAAGUUUACGAAUAGUGUAUAAACAAUCCAGAGAUAUUAAGACAUGGAGACCAAUAUCUAUCAGAAUAUCUAAAGAAUACACCUAAUUUUAUACUAGAGUCAUUAAAGUUAAUAUUUGAUGUCAAUCAACAAUAAAGAAAAUACAUAGCAAUUUUAUUCAAGAAUGUAAUCCUAUUGAAUUGGUAACAUUUGCAACAAUAAAUAAAAUCAGAUAUUUUAAAGGUUUUAGUAGAUGGUCUUUAAUAAGAGCAAUAAGUACCAGUUUAAGAAAUCAUUGUAAAUUAUAAUUUGUAAUUUAGACAAUAAUAAUUACAGAAGUAAUGAGAAGAGAUCCUGAAUAUCAAUCAUUGAUACCAUAAUUUUUACAUUUAUACACUCAAAAUCCACACAUUAUAAAUACACUAAUUCAUAUCUAUCAGUAAUUAGAUGGAUAGAAUUUAAUAUCAUAUUGUGAAAUAAUUCUUUAGAAUAUGUUAUCAUAACAAUCACCAACAUCUAAAACAUAUAAUUUGGUUUAUUAGGUUAUAAAAAUGUUUUCUCAUUGUGAACAAACUGAUAUAGAAUAAUUAAAAUAAUGUUUCGAUUCAACAUUUAUUUAAUGGAUGGAGCGAUUCUCAUAAGUUUUAUAACAAUAAGAUUAAUUAGAAUCUUAGAUUUAUAUUAUGAAAGCUUUGAAUUUGAUAUUUAAGGAAAUGAAGACUUAUUCAAAAUAAAUUAGAAAAGUCAUUCUACCAUAAAUGACAAUAUUUUUGGUGAGAUUAACUAAUUCUAUACAAUAUUUAGAAGGUAAUUAAUAAAAUUAUCAUAAUAGAAAUUAAUUUUUUGGACGAAUGUUAUGAAUAAGAACCAAAUUAAGAAGUAUUAUUAUUUUAUACUUUAUAAAUGUUAAUGGAAUUAAAUAAUUAAUAAUUGUGUAAUACUACUAUUUACAGUAGUUUAUUAUAAAUAUUAAGUAUGCCAAUUAAAAAUAUCAGUAUGGAUCAUUUUAUAAUGGAAGAUGAUCCAACAGUUGUUUAAGCUGUUUUAAUGUUCUUUGAACAGUAAUUAUCAAAUAAAAAAACAUAAUAAAAUGCAAAAUAAUUGUUAUUAUAAUAUCUAUAAUAAUAAGUUGAAAUGGUUGGUCAAUACGUGAUAAUUUCAUAAUUUUCAUCUGAUUUAUUCAAUCCAAAUCAAAAUUUUGCCAUAAUUGAAUCAAUAUUGAAACAAUAAAGCACUAACUAAAACUAAGUCUUUUAACUUUAAAAAUUAAUAGCUUUAACAAACUUAUAUUUAUUAACUAAAGGAUAAGUUGAAGUAUUUACAUAGCUAUUUUAAUUGCAUGUUCAAUAAUUAAAAUCAUAGCUUGGUUUAGUAAAUUUAUUUAAUCUUGGUAAAUUAUGUGCACAUGCAAGUAAAAAUAAUACUUUAGAUGAAUAAAGUUUUAAAUGCCUGGUGGAUUAGUCAAACAUUUAAUUUCCAUCCAUAGAUUAAGAUACAGCACAUAUUUUAUUUGAUAGUGUCUUAUAAAUGUUUAAGUUAUGUAAAACUUUAUAAUUUCCAAUUUUAUAAAAUAUCUAUCAUUAUUGGACUACAUAUCCACAUGAUUCAUUAUUAGGAUAGAUAUUUUAUGAACUGUUGGAAAUUCUUGUAACAAUUGAUCCAGUUUCAGUAUAAUAAACAUUUUCAACAACUAAUGGAUUAAUAUGGUUAAAAGUUAAUACAAUAAUAGCUAAAUAUUAACCAUAAUUAUUAAUUAAUUUUAUUCCCUAAAUAGCAUAAUAAUUAUUAGUAUUUAAUGAAUUUACCCCUUAAGGAAUAAUGUUAUUGAAGACACUAUUAUAGUAUAAUUCCAUUGAUUAAUUAACUUUAAAUACAGUUAUUUAAAUUUUAGAUAUUUAAUUAAAUGUUUAAAAAGAACCAGAAUUUGAAGCUUUGACUGAACAUGUUCAUGAUUUAUUGUUGGUUGUUUGGAAUAAACAUAUGAAUAGAUAAAUUACAAUUUAAUUACUUAGUAAAAUACUCUAAAAAAUUAUGCAUUCUGAAAUACCCUCUACAAUUAAUGGUUUAACAACUAUACUAUGUGCAAUUUAUUUAUAACAUUCUAAUCAGCUUUUAUAAUGGUUUUAAUCUAAUACUGAUAGUACACAAUAAUUAUUCAGUAAAUGGCUUAGAUUUGCAUCAAUAUUACAAUAGAAAUCUUUACUAUAAUUAUAAAUAAAUGUUAUUUAUUAAUUCACUUAAUUACCAUAUUUUGAUUAAUUAUUUUAUGUGGAUCCUUUUAUUGAUAAAGUCAUUCCACUAAAGGCAAAAAUGAUGGAGUUUUUAAUUUCUAACCAAUAACAAUGUGUAAGAAUAUUAUUAAAACUUAGAAAACUAUAGCUUUAGAUGAAGAUGAUGAAUUUUAGGAUAUAGAUUCUAUCGAAACAGAAUUUGAAAAUGAUAUUACUGAAUGUCAUAAUCUCAUUUAACCAAUUUCAAUUUCAUUUGAACAUUUACAACACUUAUCAAAACAUUUGUCUAAAGAGUAAUAAUAAUAUUUAAGGAAAUAAUGA